AAAGAUACAAUCAUGCUAAUUUAAUAAAUUACUGUGUUCUUUUAGUUUGGUAACCCAGACAAUUCGCUAAUAGCCCUAACCGUGAACCGCAAUUGACACCUAGAACAUACUUAAUUAAAGUCCAAUCCGAGAUUAAGUCCCGUCCCAUUGUCUCGUUUACCUAAAACCCAAAUCGGACCUCGCUAAUUGCUGCUUCUUCAUUAAUUUGUGUCAACUCCUCCCCCCAAAAGUCGCACAACUUAGCCAUAAUCAGAAGACCCUUUCUAGUCAGUUGCGAUCUCUUCACAAGAGGUCAUGUCAAGUUGGUAAGUUAGCCAACUUUAGUAAGGCUCGCGUAGAUGUAGCGAUCUUUGAAUGGGAAGGUCUAUCUAUGGUGGUGGUAGAUGUAGCCAAAAGGUUAAAAGCGUGGUCUAUGGAUCGCACGCGUGCAUUCGAGUCCCACACGUUCGCUUGAUACUGUGUUCUUUUCAGUUUUUUCGGAAGUUGAGAAAUUUGGUGACUAGUGUUGUGAAUUGACGACUUAUUUCUUCUGUGCCUUGAGUUAAGAAAUAAUAAGAUGGCGCGGUGGUGCGCUGUCCUGGCGCUGUGCGCGCUGACCGCGGCGGCAUGCGCCAACACAUCCGAAGCGCAGUCGGCGCAGGCGAAACUACAACAAAUACGCAAACGCUCUAGGAGUGCCGAUCAGUCGCCGGCCAAGCAGGCGGAAGUCGAUGAGAUGGUCAGCAACCUUCUUCAAUGGAUUCAGGGCUUUUAUCAACAGAGGAACAGAAAAGCUCGCCAAUAUUUUGGAGGGAAACCAGAAAAACCAAGACCAUUCGAACCAGCUAGCUACCUACCGCCAUAUCCGCCAGCUGGCCAGCGUCCGACGCCAUCGUAUAACGAAGGGCCAUCAUCGUCCUACCAGCCGAGCCAACCAUCACCGAGCCCAUCAUUCCCGUCGCCGACUCAACCUGAACAGCCAUCAUACAAGCCACCACAACAGGACAAUGGCCCGUAUCAACCGAGCCAACCUCUGUACCAGCCCAGCCAGCCUACCCAACCGUCCUACCAACCAAGUCAACCGAGCCAGCCUAGUCAACCAUCUCAACCUUCAUACCAGCCUAGCCAGCCCACUCAACCGAGUUACCAGCCAAGCCAACCAGGGUAUCAACCUAGUCAGCCAACCUCGCCCCCGUAUCAGCCCAGCCAACCGAACAAACCUGAUGAUACCACUUUCCCGCCCUAUGAAGAACCCCAGCAGCCCCAGCGGCCCCAACAGCCACAGCAACCCCAACGACCACAGCAGCCGCAGGAGCCUCAACAACCAGACUCUGGUAGCGACGGUACAUCUUCAUCUCAAACUCCCGCAGUGCCCGAUGAUGACGACCGUCACCCCCCGCACAUCCACGCUAUCACUGUCGAUUGCGGCAAAGAAAUGAUGACCAUCAACAUCGAAUUCAAUAAAGUUUACAACGGAAUCAUUUACUCUCAAGAUCAUUUCAAUGAGCCCGAAUGCGUUUACGUUAGAGAAAACUCUGGCCAAAUAAAAUACUCCUUCACAGUCAGCUUGAACACCUGUGGAACUAGAUUCUUCAGUGACUUCGAAAACGAAGGUCAGGCGUACUUAGAAAAUGUUCUGGUGCUGCAAAACGAACCUGGCAUUCAAGAAGUGUGGGACCAUAUUCGCCGCGUCAGGUGCUUAUGGGAAGGCAACCUAACCAAGCAGCUGAUUUCCUCAUUAAGCGUCGGUAUGCUGAACCAGAUUACGAGCAACUUCAGUGGUGAUACUGCCAUGGCCCGUUUAGACAUCCAAAUAGGACGUGGUCCAUUCGCGCCUGAAGCCAACGGCUUGGUCAAGAUUGGAGAAAUAAUGACACUAGUCGUCACAGUAACUGGUGAUGCUGGCUUUGACAUAUUUGUCCGAGAAUGCGUCGCACGAGACUCGGAGAGCCGCCAUAUCGUUCCCUUGACUGACAGCAACGGCUGUGUGCUUAAGCCUAAGAUUUUCGGUGCCUUCCAGAAAACUAGAGAGACAGGAAAUACUGGAGCGUCGAUUAUAGCGUACGCAUUCUUCAACGCGUUUAAAUUUCCUGAUGAAAUGGAUUUGAUUAUUCAAUGCGACGUCGAGCUGUGUAAGACAGACUGCGAUGCAUGCCCCAAUCCUGGUAGCAUAGAGCCCAGAAGGAGAAGGAGAGAUGUCAUCCAUUUCGGAAACAGGACUUAUGAGCCUUCGACUACCAUCGCCAAGGGCUUGCGUGUAGUAUUUGCGGAAGACUUGCCAAGGGACAACGAUAGUUUCUGCGUAUCGCCGUCCGCUGCCAUGUGGGGUAGUGUGUUGAUACUUUUCGGUUCUUUAACAACUAGCAUAGCAGUAUCCUACCUGUGGCAGAGGGGGCACGGUUCGAGCAAAUUUUUAUAAAAACCGUCAAGUUUAGAAAACUAAUUUAAUUAAUAAUAGGAGCGAUUUGCAGAAUGCGCCGCUUGAAAACUUGAAAUAUGUUUCUUAAUUUAUUUGAUCCAUAAUAUGUCAUCUUUUAUUUAUGUGAGGAAACUUAUCAAAGUCUGCGAAUAAGACAACGAUUCUUAAGUAUAAAUGUGAUUUUAAGUUUUAUUUUUUUUUAUU